AUGGGCAAGAUUCGCCUUUGGGCGCCCCCAUCUACGGAGACGUUGGAUCGCCGGGUCUUCGAGAAGCUCCUGGACACCCUCUUUCCGAGGGUGAAAGGGAGCCUACCUAGGAUCCCUGCGCCUGAAACGAGGGAGGGAGACUGGGACGAGGAACUGGCGGUGAGUUUGGAGGAGGCCAGGAAGGAGCUCGGGGCCAAGGCGAAAGCCCCCGGCCCCGAUGGAAUUCCUGGUCGCGCCAGGGCUCUCGCCCUCGGCGAGGGAGGCCUUUUCGCGGCCACACGCCGGGUUUUGAGCGAAUGUCUAAAAGAGGUGGUCUUCCCCCCAGCGUGGAGGAGGGCGCAAAUUGAUCCUCCUCCCCAAAGAGGGCAAAGCACCCGGGAGUGCGUCGGCUUACAGGCCUAUAAGCCUGCUGAACGAGGUGAGCAAGUUGCUCGAGUGCAUCGUUGCCGAUCGCCUCGUCCGACACCUGUCCUCGGAGGGGCUGAACCUCCACGACCGUCAAUACAGAUUCAGGCCCGGAAAGUCUACACUGGUCGCAGUCCAGUACCUCCGGGACCUGAUCGGGACGGUCGUGAAGAGGGGGGUAGGGUAUUGCUGGCGGUGUACUUGGACAUUAAAAACGCCUUCAACACCCUGCCCUGGCCGAAUAUUGGACAGGCUCUUGAAGACUACGGGGUGCCAGUUUAUCUCCGGCCGAUCCUGUCGGCCUACUUCGGGGAUAGGGACCUCGCCUUCCCGAAGGAGGAUGGAAUCCAAGGCCGACGCAUCAUAGAACACGGUGUUCCGCAGGGGUCGAUUCUCGGCUCCCUGCUAUGGAACAUCGCGUUCGACCGGGUGUUGCGUACUCCGCUCCCCCUGGGCUGCCACGUCGUCUGCUACGCGGACGACACGCAAUUGGCCCCCAAGGUGCGCGGAGCUGGACUGGCGGUAGCCAGUCUUCUGCGCACCCAAGUCGGUCCGGGAUGGAGGGCGCACCGCCUGUAUGUGAACGCCAUUCUCUCGAUCGCCCUGUACGGGGCGCCAAUCUGGGCGCCACAGCUCAGGGCCAGUCGCGAUGAAAAGCGUCGUCUAUGGCAGGCCCUGAAGCCGUUGUAUACUUAG